GCGCCGAGGCUUCCGGCACGGGCGGGAACGACAGUCCCAGAGUUCCCCGCGGCGGGGGCGGAAGCCGGGGCGGGGCGGGCUCGGGACCCCGACAGCCGGUCCCCGGAGAUCUGGGGGGCCGGGGUGGGCUCAGGCAUGCCUCGCGCCCGCGGAGAGACGGGCCCGGGACGUGGGAAGAGCAGGCUCCGGGAUCCAGCUCGGGCGCUGCUGGGUUCAGCGCCCGAGCUGGGCUUUGCAGGCUGAGCCGCGAGCCACUUGUUUGUGGGGAGAAUUUACACCCGCGACGAGUUGGAGCUUGAAGGCUCCCGCUGGGCUUGGGCUGCAUCGAGCGGGGUCCAGCGCUGCCUGGCGGCUUCACGCGAGCCCUGGGCGCGGCCCUUGCGGAGGUGCCGGUGCCUCCCUCUGCAGAGACCAGGAGGGAGCCUCGGGGCGUUGGGCGAUGUUGCCCAGGUGCACGGCUGGUGGGGGCGGAGAGCCCUGAACUUUGGCCGCUGGUUUGUGUUUUAACUGCUGGCUGGUGCUCUGAGAGACCAAGCCACGUGUUCAGUAAGAAUCAUUAACAGAUCGUGGCUGGAUGACAACAGGAGCCACACUUUCCUCAUCCAGACGUGCAGCAGGCGCUCACCGCAUUGAGAGCCGUGUGCUGGACUCUGGGGUGAAGUACUGGGACGAUGCCGGAGUGUGAAGGAGUUUGAGAAGCUGAACCGCAUUGGAGAGGGUACCUACGGCAUUGUGUAUCGGGCCCGGGACACCCAGACAGAUGAGAUUGUCGCGCUGAAGAAGGUGCGGAUGGACAAGGAGAAGGAUGGCAUCCCCAUCAGCAGCUUGCGGGAGAUCACACUGCUGCUCCGCCUGCGUCAUCCAAACAUCGUGGAGCUGAAGGAGGUGGUUGUGGGGAGCCACCUGGAGAGCAUCUUCCUGGUGAUGGGUUACUGUGAGCAGGACCUGGCCAGCCUCCUGGAGAAUAUGCCAACACCCUUCUCGGAGGCCCAGGUCAAGUGCAUCGUGCUGCAGGUGCUCCGGGGCCUCCAGUAUCUGCACAGGAACUUCAUUAUCCACAGGGACCUGAAGGUUUCCAACUUGCUCAUGACCGACAAGGGCUGUGUGAAGACAGCGGAUUUCGGCCUGGCCCGGGCCUAUGGUGUCCCAGUAAAGCCAAUGACCCCCAAGGUGGUCACUCUCUGGUACCGAGCCCCUGAACUGCUGUUGGGAACCACCACGCAGACCACCAGCAUCGACAUGUGGGCUGUGGGCUGCAUACUGGCCGAGCUGCUGGCGCACAGGCCCCUUCUCCCCGGCACUUCCGAGAUCCACCAGAUCGACUUGAUCGUGCAGCUGCUGGGCACUCCCAGUGAGAACAUCUGGCCGGGCUUUUCCAAGCUGCCGCUGGUCGGCCAGUACAGCCUCCGGAAGCAGCCCUACAACAACCUGAAGCACAAGUUCCCAUGGCUGUCGGAGGCCGGGCUGCGCCUGCUGCACUUCCUGUUCAUGUACGACCCUAAGAAAAGGGCGACGGCCGGGGACUGCCUGGAGAGCUCCUAUUUCAAGGAGAAGCCCCUACCCUGUGAGCCGGAGCUCAUGCCGACCUUUCCCCACCACCGCAACAAGCGGGCCGCCCCAGCCACCUCCGAGGGCCAGAGCAAGCGCUGUAAACCCUGACGGUGGGCCUGGCACACGCCUGUAUUCCCACACCAGGUCGUCCGAUCAGUGGUGUCUGUGAAGGGUGCCGCGAGCCAGGCUGACCAGGCGCCCGGGAUCCAGCUCAUCCCCUUGGCUGGGAACAUCCUCCACUGACUUCCUCCCACUGUCUGCCCUGAACCCACUGCUGCCCCCAGAAAAAGGCCGGGUGACACCGGGGGGCUCCCAGCCCGUACACCCUGGAAGGGCAGGUCUGGCGGCUCCAUCCGUGGCUGCAGGGGUCUCAUGUGGUCCUCCUCGCUAUGCUGGAAAUGUGCAACCACUGCUUCUUGGGAGGAGUGGUGGGUGCAGUCCCCCCGCUGUCUUUGGGUUGUGGUGGACGCUGGCCUGGGAUGAGCGGGCCCAGAAGACCUUCGUAUCCCCUCUCAGUCGCCCGGGGCUGUCGCGUGCAUGGGUUGGCUGUGGGGACCCCAGGUGGGCCUGGCAGGACUCCAGAUGAGGACAAGAGGGACAAGAUAUGGGGUGGGAGCCACAAUUGAGGAUACCCCGAGACUACCAGGAGAGCCCUGGGCUGGAGGCUGAGCUGCAUCCCUGCUCCCCACAUGGAGGACCCAACAGGAGGCCGUGGCUCUGAUGCUGAGCGAAGCUAUAGGCUUUUGUUGGAUAAAAGCUUUCUUAACAGA